AAAACAAUUCUGUCACUUUUCUUGCAUUGACAUCUGGGCCAGAAAAAUAAAGUCACGGUGAAGAAUACUGCUUGAAGAGAUAAGAAAAAUAAAAGCAAUUUACGUGAAAAGUAUAGAAAUAAAGGAAAAUCGUGCUCAAUAAUAGCCGUUGAGUAUUUUCACACUGUCGAAGAGAAAUUCCAAUGGUGAAGAGCAUGUGCCGCUGGUUAUGACUUAUGAGAUUGUCGGCGUGCAGAAUAAUGAGAGUAAAAGUGUUCGCAAAGUUGUUGUCCAGUGCAACGAGCAAGAUUUCCUGGUGGUGCAGAAGCAGGAGCCAAAUGUGAACCAGGUGCAUCGCGUAAAUUGGACCUUUCCUUCUGGCAAUCACGCUUAUCACCAUUACCUACGGCAUGAUGGCGAUUUUCCAGCGCUAGACUGCAAUGAGACGAAUAUCGGGGAAAAUGCACUCUUGUCUCACAACUCCCGGAGCUUGACUAUUGCCAGGGACCAGCAUCGAGCGCGACCAGGGGCACUAAGAGGACUGGCGUGUGCAGAGACAAACCACCAAUCAAGCCAGAUGCAGCAUCGAACGGGGGGCAGUUCAUCAUCGGGCUUCCACAUGAGCCUCUAUGGAUGGCGAAAAAAAUGCCUUUACACGCUAAUACUAGGAUUAAUGCUACUCAUUGUCGUCAAUUUAGCACUCACUCUGUGGAUCCUCAAAGUCAUGGAAUUUUCUUCGGAGGGAAUGGGUCAAUUGAAGGUGGUCGCUGGCGGUCUUCAACUCUCCGGUCAAGCGCUGGUUUUAGAUAUUUUGCGUGCUUCCACGAUUCGUUCGCGUCACGCUCAAUCAAUCUCCAUUGAAUCAUCGAGGAACUUCUCAGUGAACACCCGAGACUCCGAGGGCUUCAUCGAGAAUCAACUCUUCCUGGGCCACGAUCGUGUGGAGUGUCUAGCUAGUGGAUUCCGCGUCACGGACACUCAUGGCGGUAAUCUGUUCGCUGUGGACAGGGACGAAGUGGCUAUCGGAGCAAAUGCUCUGAGGAUCGACGGAGAAGGCGGCGCCAUAUUCCGUGAAUCAAUUCAGACGCCUCUCGUAAGAGCAGAUGCAGGCCGCGAGCUGAGGCUCGAAUCUCCCACCAGAUCUCUGGAGAUGAGAGCAUCGCAGGAGAUAUUCAUUCAGUCGCGCGCUGGAAGUUUGGAUGCAACGUGUCUCAACGAUUUGAAAUUACACUCUAUAGCUGGAAGUAUCCGUCUCGAUUCGGCUAAUAUCUUGAUGCCCAAUCUCAAAACUGCCCAACCACCCACCAACCAGGCCGGCCUCUCGUCCACUCUCCUCGGCGGACGACCAGAGCAUCAGGUGCACAACAAGGUGUAUCAAUUGUGUGCCUGCGCCAGUGGCAAGCUCUUCCUGGCCGCGCCUCACAGUGUCUGUGCCGGCGACGAUUCCACCGUCUGUAGAUGAUUCUGCUUUCCACCGUGUGUUUUGCGUAUCACUGUCUACUUUUCCCGAGUAGAUUUGAUGACAUAAACCUACAAUGAGAUGACAUUUCACCUUUUUCUUUGCUGCCUCAUCCAAAUUAAUUUCAAAUGCUGUUCACUGAAUAGAAAUAUAAAAAAAAAUCUAGGAAAGACAAUGAGACAAGUAACAUAAUAAAUUCUUAAAAAUAUUUUAUACUAACUGAAAGGAAAUUAGUUUUCUGUUCUUUAGAAUCUCAACAACCACGCGAAGAAAGGAUAAUUAUGAAAAUGGCCUACAAGACAUUUUUUCGAGAAAAGAAGUCGUUGUGUGUGAAAAAAGUUGGUGUUUUAAUGAAAAAAGUUUAGAGAACUUAGCAAAUAAUGCAAAAUAUACCAGAACAAAAAUGUGAAAACCGCGAAUAUCAUAAUAAAGGUGAGGAAGUUCACGUAGAUUUUGAGGUGUCUAAUUAGUAAGAAGAACAAUGUAAAAAAUAAUUAUUAUAAUUUCUCUACAAAGAGAGACAGGACAUAAAAUAUUAGUGUAUAGAUUGAAGGAAGGCGAGAUGAAGAAAAACACAUUAACAUAUCCACAAGAAAUGAGAGUAAAACUUUGUCGCUUCAAGAGAAAAAAACAUUUGUAGAAGUAUGUAGAAAUUUUUUAUAUAAUUCUCAGUUGUUUCCUUAUUUUGUAAUUUUAUUGACGAGUCUCGACGAGAUGAUGGAAAAAAUAUAUGAAACUGUAAAAUAUGUAUAAA